CUUUGUACAAAAAAAAAAAAAAAACAAUGUCGCUCAAACAAAGUGUUUUCUUCACCCCUUUGGUGGAAUUAUCCACUACAAAAUUUAGCAACAAAACCAAACUUCCAAAUUUAUUUUUUGGUAAGUCAAAAUCAAGAAAUAGUGGGAAAAUUAGUUUCAGCCAUAAUGGCUAUCCCUACUUCACUGCUCCCCGCCACCCUCUUGAAUCCGAACUGCCGACGGAGUGCGGCGAGCAGCCUCCGAUGCCAACGGAGUCGGGCACCGGGAUCGGGAUCGGGAUCGGGAUCGGGAUCGAUAGCUUCUUCGAGGGGAAGAACAUUUUCAUUACCGGUGGAACUGGUCUUCUUGGAAAAACUUUGAUAGAAAAGUUACUGAGAUCGACAUCCCUAGGAAAAAUCUUCGUACUUGUUAAGGCAAGUGAUAAGGAGGCUGCGGUUGAAAGACUAACAAAAGAGAUUAUGAACUCGGAUUUGUUCGUAUGUUUACGAGAGAAACAUGGGAGCACAUACGAAGAAUAUGUAAAAUCUAAGUUGAUACCAAUUGUUGGAAAUAUUUGUGAACCAAAUAUUGGAAUGGAUAUAAACUCCGCAAACAAAAUCAUGGAGGAAGUGGAUGUGAUAGUAGAAUCUGCAGCUAGCACAACAUUAAAUGACAGGUACGAUUUUCUACUUGAUAUAAACGUGAAUGCUCCUCUACGCCUCAUGAGGUUCGCCAAGAAAUGCAAGAAUCUCAAGCUUUUUGUGCAUAUUUCCACUGCUUAUGUAAAUGGAAUAAGAGAAGGGAUAAUCUACGAAAAACCUUUGAUCAUGGGAGAAAAUGGAAGAAAACAUGAUGACAACGAUGAGAUUUCUUCAUCCUUGUUUCCUCUAGAUUUGACGGAUGAGAUGAACUUGGCCAUGAAGGCGUGCAUCGCGUCAAAGGAACACGACACCACUAAAGAGCUCAAGAGGCUCGGCCUAGAAAGGGCUGCAUAUUAUGGAUGGUACAAUGCGUAUCAUAUGACGAAGGCGAUGGGGGAAAUGGUCCUUAACGAAACCAGACAAGACGUCCCACUACUUAUCCUGAGGCCAUCGGUCGUGGAGAGUUGCUACAAGGAGCCCGUUCCUGGAUGGAUCCAAGGAAAUAGGAUGUAUGACCCGGUAAUAAUUUCGUACGGGAAAGGACAACUUCCGGCUUAUCUAGCUGAUCCCGAUCUGCACACCGACAUUGUUCCAGUAGACUUUGUGGCGAACACGACGAUUGCAGCUAUUGCGAAGCAUGGAAUCACGAGAAAGGCCGAAGUUAAUGUGUACCACGUGGCAACUGACUUUGUGAACCCUCUAAGAUUUAAUGAAAUGUUCGAAUAUAUAUACGAGCAUUUUAGGGCAUACCCCUUAGUUGAAUAUGAAAAUAUGGUGAAAAUGAGGAUGUUCGACCAGUUUAGCGACUUGUCCAAAUACUUGAGAGAUCGAGUAUCCGAGCGAAAUGCAGUGCUUGGCGAGGACGCGAAGAUUCGGAAACAAAACAAGGCAAGGGUUGCUUAUGCGGAGCAACUAUGCAAGAUGUAUGAGUUCAUAGGAUUCUUCAAAGCUAGGUUCCAUACAGGUAAUACUAGGGCUUUGUUGGAAGAGAUGUCGGAAGAGGAGAGAGAGGUGUUCGAAGUGGAUGCGAUAAAGAUAGACUGGAACAAGUAUUUUGUGGAUAUUCAUAUUCCUGGUUUGAGAAAGCAUGUGGUCAACGGCACUAGACUCUCUGUCUAAUUAAGGAGACUAUAUGUUUUCACAUGUUGUCUAGUCGAUCACAAUUGCAGAAAAAAGAAAGUGGUAGAUUUGUGCAAUUAUGAUUGAUUAGACAUAUACAUAUGAACGUGUGUCCAAACAAUACUCACUCAAUAAUUGUAUCUUGUAUUUUAACGUGCUGGU